CGGGGUGUGUGUAUGUGACCCUAACAACAACAACAGGUACAUACAGUAUUGAGCACGUAUGUGCCAGGCACCGUUCUGAGAGUGUUGCAUAAACCAACUCGCUUAAUGCUCACGGUAUCACGUGAGAUAAGUACUGUUAACUCCCAUGUACAGAUGGGGAAACCGAGGCACGAGAGAUCCACAGGUUGUACGUAUGGUCAGUGGGUGGCAGAGCUGGGAUUUGCAUGCGGGCAGCCUGGCUCCGGGCCUCAGUGCAUUAGGCUGCCCUGUCUGAUAGAAGCAGCUAGAAAACGAGUGGCCCAGCCUUGGGUCUGCCGCCAGGCUUGGCUCUGGACACCUGGACUGGAAAGCAGACAUUAAAAUUACAGUUCCAGCCCCCUUCCUCUUCAGCAGCCUCGCCGUGGCCUCCAGCCAGGGUGAUCUUGCUCUUGGCUCUGAACCAGCCCUUGGGAGGCAAGAAUCGAAGUGUCAGGAGACCCAAGGUCAAGGGCAGGAAGCCUGCUGGCUGGCAGGCCCCUUCCCUGUUCCUUCCUGGAUUCCCUCCGCCAUGCGUGGGUCCCUGCUCGCCGGGAGGGUGGUUUUGUGCUGCCCGCCCUGAACAUCACACGUGGGGGCAGUGAGCAAGGAGUAUCCACCUCUCCGUCUCCCCAGCCUGACUCUCCAUCACUGCCCCCCCCCAUCCCCCAGUUAAGGGGCUUCCUCUUCCGCCUCCACCCCUUAACUGCUUCCCAGGACCCGGGCACCUGCCUCCUGCUGGAGGUGGUGUGUGAGGAAGGGGUGGAUGGUCCCUGCCUGGCGGCCCCGGGGCAGGGGGGUGUGGUGAGAGGGCUCAGGCCGCCCAGCCCUCACUGGCCACCUUCCCCCAGGUCAUCGGGCUCCUGGAUGUCUUCACCCCAGCCUCCUCCCUGCGCAGCUUCCAUGACUUCUACCUGGUGAUGCCUUUCAUGCAGACGGACCUGCAGAAGAUCAUGGGCAUGGAGUUCAGUGAGGACAAGAUCCAGUACCUGGUGUAUCAGAUGCUUAAGGGUCUAAAGUACAUCCACUCGGCUGGGGUCAUCCACAGGGACCUGAAGCCAGGCAACCUCGCUGUGAACGAGGACUGCGAGCUGAAGAUCUUGGAUUUUGGGCUGGCGCGGCAUGCCGACGCCGAGAUGACUGGCUACGUGGUGACGCGCUGGUACCGGGCCCCCGAGGUGAUCCUCAGCUGGAUGCACUACAACCAGACUGUGGACAUCUGGUCUGUGGGCUGCAUCAUGGCGGAGAUGCUGACGGGGAAAACGCUGUUCAAGGGGAAGGAUUGUAUCCUUUGCUGGGAAGGUCAGCCUCCAUCCAGGGGUCCAUCCCUUCAACAGACACUUUCUUCCUUACGUCUGUUUUUCUUCCUGUGAAAGGGACACAUGCUCACUGUAGAACAGUCUAAAGUGCAGUGGGAAAACGGUGAAAGGC